UCUGAAUUUCUCAUAGUAGGAGAGACUAACACACUGAGCUGGACUCAAAGAGUGGCUCUAUACUGAAGUGCAGCUAUCCAGGGGGAAUAAGAGUAUCUUGUACUUCAUCAGCCACAGUGCCUUGGAAUUACUGAAUUAUGGAGACAGGACGGUGAUGGUCAUCUAGCCGUCGUGUUAUUGAGCCAUAGUGAAAGUGCCUGACACUUCCUAAGAGCCUGGGUCUUAAAAGAUGAACAGGACAUCAGGAAGGCCAUCAUCUCAAGCCUGAAAGUGGGAACAGAGUACCACCCUGGGAAGAGAAAUGAUUUGAAAAAGAGACCAGGGCAGAGCUUUAUAAAUGGACACUGACAUGGACUACGAAAGACCCAACGUUGAAACCAUCAAGUGUGUGGUCGUGGGAGACAAUGCUGUGGGGAAGACGCGCUUGAUCUGUGCCAGGGCAUGCAACACGACGCUGACACAGUAUCAGCUGCUGGCCACCCACGUGCCUACCGUGUGGGCGAUUGACCAGUACCGAGUGUGCCAGGAGGUCCUGGAGCGUUCCCGGGAUGUUGUGGAUGAAGUGAGCGUCUCUCUCAGGCUUUGGGAUACUUUCGGCGAUCAUCACAAAGACAGGCGUUUUGCAUAUGGCAGCGUUUGGUCCUAUCAGCUCGAACCUGCUCCCCCUUUGAUAUGGAAACAGGAUGUGUUCUUCAAGCCAAGUCUGAUCCUCUGAGCGACACAGAGGGGCUUCAGGAAACACUCCCGUGUUUCUGGCCCAGCUCUUUGUGGGCCUCAGUUUAUGUGCUUGUUUGUACCUUGUGUUUCCUCUGUCUUCUCCGAUUCUCCGCAGCCUGCAGGCGUCCUGCCACAGACCCCACCACGGGUAAAGAACAAAACCCAGAGCUGUUCUGUCUCAGCCUCCAGCAUCUUUCUGUAACGCUAAAUAUGUGAUUCCACAUUGAUGUGGCACCAAAAGAUUACAUUUUGUGGAAGAGUCUGGUAGUAAUAGGAGUUCCUUUCACUUGGUACAGGGUUCUGGCCACUGUAUUUCAUUGCUUUGCAAGAGCUGAUUAAUUUCUUUGUGACUUCCAUUUUUAGCUUUGUAUCAUUCGGGAAGGAAAAAAAUCCUAAUUAUAAUUUUUGACAAUCA